AUGGACUACGAAGAGACCUUUGCAUACUCCGUCCUAACCGUUUAUCGACCAAAUCUGUGUUGGGCUGAUCAGAUCUUCUCUUCCUCUCAAUCGCCGAUGGUGACUCCUCCGGAGCUGCAAGAGAGCCACCAACCGCCGGAGCCUUCGGAUCCACCUCUCUCGUUGCGCCUUGCCUCCAGCCCUUGGUUCUCUCCGCCUGUGGUCAAAUAG